AUGCAUUCUUACAGAUCCCACGUGAUCAACCAAAACGAACAGAACCCAUCAUCACUGGACUCGCUUUGUGAGUUCCUCAGCACUCCUCGGUCAGACCAACAAACUAGUCGACUGGGAGUGCUAGAGUUCACCCAGCCGAACUGUCCACCUGAUUAUCGCAAGAUUGACCAUCAGUGCUUGUUACGCGACCUUGUCUCUGAAGAAACAAAUAUUGCAGGGUCAUGUUCGCUGUAUUGCCGAAUUGUACUGGUCGAGAAUAUAUCACGUGGUAUCGUGGAAAUUCUGGGCUCGACCCUGGAUAUUGAUCCGUUGUUCUUCAAGGCUCAUAUUGGACGCAAUGGCUGCUCCAAAAAUCCGAUGUUGGAAUAUGCAGAUGAUUCAUGCCAGAAGUUCCUUACGUGCCACUACCCUCGAGCCAUUACGCUGGAGGGCGUACAGGGAUCUGUUGAAUGUGAGAAUUAUGUGAGGCAAAUAAACGUUGAUAGGGAUGCCCUCCUUCUACAUUCGACUCCAGAAAACACAUUCAAUGCGUCCAUUCAGCAUCGCUGCUCCGUCUGGGUAAAAUCUUAUAAAAGUGGUGGUUGGCUUGCCCUGAUCCUAGUUGACCCUCCAGUCCUCAAUGGUGGUUUCCAACUCACCCCAGAAAGUAGUGCAGUGCGUCCCAUUACAACCUCUGGCUGUCGACUCUUCCAGGUUGGCAACGGAGACACCACCGGUACUGUCCUACCCGACGAGGGAAAUCGGCUAUCCGGCCCUUUCUGCGAGGGAAAUAAUUCAUCUUGUCCUCCUCGAGACGGACUAUUUGAUGAUCUCAUUUACUACUGGACGAAUAGACCCGCAUCGUUCUUCGACAUCACCAGACCCCCGAUGAGUUUUCUGGCUUACUUCCCCAUCCAGAUCGCCCUCGCUGAAUGGAAAAACAGCAACAUUGCAAUGGUCCUGUUUCUCCGACACUACGACUCGGAACUGAUCAGAAGGGCAGUCAGAAAGAAGCUUGCCGAAACCAAGAAAAAUCUUGAAGACUGCACCCGUCCGCCCAAGCAGUCUGAGUCUAGCGUCUCGAACUUGACAGGCUUCCGCCGCUGGUUCAUGUCCACUAUCAAUCCUCCUCAAGCUCACGAUAAAACUACCCAGCCCCGCGAGAGCUCUGAAAAGAAAACCCGCAAAAUCAAUCGGUCUGACCCUAUGUUCCAGACCUUCAUGACCAUGCGAACUUGGAUCAUGCCCAUUAUCACGCAGGACUACCGGGAUAUCAAGUACCUUAGAUCUCAUACAUUAGCCCUUCCACCCAUUAUCGACUCUUAUGAUGCCGUUAUCAACAGCCUAGGACAAUUCGCCUCGGCCCUUGAUACAAUCUUACCCGUUGGUAAAGAGUUCGCCAAUGACCGCACUAACACCAUCAUACCCUUCCAUCGUGAGUAUUAA